UUGUACGGAUAUCGCAGUGUUGGGCGGCUGCCGUUGUCUUCUCAGUAAUUCCAAUGAAGCGUUCGUAGGGGACACGUUGAUCUUGUUGGCAGGCUCUACGCAGCAGAGGCGUUGUUCAGUGUGAAGUGAAGGUCGCGUUUUGUAUGAGACCUUGACAUUUUUUUGUUUUCCUUGCAGUAUAUUUUUAUACACUUCGUUAAAAAUCAUGGUGCUGGGGAAGGUGAAGAGUUUGACAAUAAGCUUUGACUGUCUCAGUAACAGCAAUAUCCCCGUGUAUUCUAGCGGGGACACAGUCUCAGGAAGGAUCAGUUUAGAAGUUACUGGGGAAAUUAGAGUGAAAGCUCUUAAAAUUCAUGCAAGAGGACAUGCAAAAGUACGUUGGAGCGAAUCUAGAAAUGCUGGAUCCAACACUGCCUAUACACAAAAUUACACCGAAGAAGUAGAGUAUUUUAACUAUAAGGAUGUUCUAGUCGGGCAUGCAAGAGAUGAUGACAAUUCUGAAGAAGGCCUUCACACCAUUCAUUCAGGAAGGCAUGAAUAUGCAUUCAGCUUUGAGCUUCCACAGAUACCACUUGCUACCUCAUUCGAAGGCAGACACGGCAGUGUGCGGUAUUGGGUGAAAGCUGAAUUGCAUAGGCCUUGGCUUCUACCAGUAAAAUUAAAGAAGGAAUUUACAGUCAUUGAACAUAUAGAUAUCAACACUCCUUCGUUACUGUCACCCCAAGCAGGCACAAAAGAAAAGACUCUGUGUUGUUGGCUUUGUACCUCAGGCCCAAUAUCUUUAAGUGCCAAAAUUGAAAGAAAGGGCUACACCCCAGGUGAAUCAAUUCAGAUCUUUGCUGAGAUUGAGAAUUGCUCUUCCCGUAUGGUGGUGCCAAAGGCAACCAUUUACCAAACGCAGGCAUUCUAUGCCAAAGGGAAAAUGAAGAAAGUCAGACAGCUUGUUGCCAACCUCCGUGGGGAAUCCUUGUCAUCUGGCAAAACAGAAACCUGGAAUGGCAAACAAUUGAAAAUUCCACCUGUUUCCCCUUCAAUCCUUGACUGUAGUAUAAUCCGUGUGGAGUAUUCACUGAUGGUAUAUGUUGAUAUUCCAGGAGCUGUGGAUUUGUUCCUUAACUUACCACUGGUCAUUGGUACCAUUCCUCUACAUCCAUUUGGUAGCAGAACAUCAAGUGUAAGCAGCCAGGGUAGCAUGAACAUGAAUUGGCUUGGUCUGACUCUGCCUGAAAGACUAGAAGCACCUCCUAGCUAUGCAGAAGUGGUCACAGAGGAAAACAGACAGUCUGGCCUUGCACCUGUAGCUGCUUUUGAUGAUUUUCAGAGAGCACUGCAAGGACCAUUAUUUGCAUACAUCCAGGAGUUUCGUUUUCUGCCUCCUCCCCUAUAUUCAGAAAUUGAUCCAAACCCAGAUCAGCCCACAAAUGAGAUACUGUCUUGCCCCUCUCGUUGAAUGAAUCCAUAAAAAGCUGUCUUGACUUGGGUUUUGAAUCACAUCUUCUGUGUUGAAGAUCAAGGUGUCAUAGUGGAGACUUGCUUUUAAAGGAAAUGGUAUUGCUCUUGCCUGUAUAGUGAAUAAGUGAAAAGAACCUGUGAUCAUGCUUUGACACCUACAGCACAACAUAGGACUGCUCCACAUGCUUGAAAACCUGCGUCUCCCUCCAUUAAAUAGUGGCACAUACUAGGAGGAGCCUUAUUAGCAUGCAGUCAGGUGUUUCAAAACACUCAAACCAUGUUGUAAUGUUGUAAGAGAGGAAUGGCUGCUUUUUAUGAUUCUAUGAAAAUUUGCACAUGCUUAUUACUUAUGUUAUACAGUUAAGUGUCACUACAACUUAUUCUCAUUUGUGAUGGACUGCUGUUACCAACCCCUCCCCAAUUGUUUGUGAUCUGCACAAUAAGGA